AGUUGGUCUAGUCAUAUACACGCUGUGAACCACGACAGACACACAUACAUAGUUGGUUACUGACUGGUGCUUUUUUUUCUACUGACGAAGGGCGAGGGAUUAUUCUGCGGUGUGGGGGAUCCUACUGACGACGGCAGCAGUAUAUUAAGUGACAGUGUCGAGGUCCUGCCAUGGCGACGUCUUUACCCACAUCUCAGUUACCAGCAGCUGAGUCGGCUCUCACUUGCGGAGUGUGUUUGUCAGACUUCGAUGCUGGCUUCCGAAGGCCCCUUCUGCUACCGAAAUGUGGCCACACCUUCUGCAGGCUGUGUAUCAAGGAUCUGGCAGCUCGAGGGGAUAUCUCUUGUCCAUCCUGCAGGUACAAGUACAGUGAGGUGGAACCCGACAACCUGCCAAUCAACUUUAACAUACAGUGUCUUUCGUCCUCAACCAAGGUCUUCCCUACAAUCUCUAAGAUAGAGGACCCGGGGAGCCUGUGUGUGGACCACAAGGUAAGGCUGGCCUUCUGGUGUAGCAGCUGCGAGGUGGCCGCCUGUGGGGAGUGUCUCUAUGAUCGACACCCACGACCAUCACACACUAUCUGUCGCAUCGAGGAGGUGGUAGAGCAGGUGAAGGAGCGAGCGCAGCGUCUGGCCCGUGAGAGCUGUGGGGAUGUGGUCGUGCGUCUUGGAGAGUCCGUCAAACGCACGCUACGAGACGUGUCGGACUUACAGGAGGCAGCUCACCUCCUCCAGGAGACGGCCAGGAUCUAUCGCUCGGCUCAGGUGGCAGACAGCCUCCCCUCCAUCACCUCCGUCUUCGAGUCGGCCAAGACAGUGAAACAGAAAGUCGGGGCGCUGGAACACUCGGAGGAGGGCGGCUACACCAUGCCGAUAGAAGCGAUCGUGAGUUCGAGACCCGCCGUGUUGGCCCUCAGCGAGUCGGGGGGUCUGGCCCAGGUGAAGGUGGAGAGGAAGGGUAUCCAUAUAUACAGUCUGCGGCCAACCUCCACCGCCUACAGCGUCGCGAUCAAGCUGACCGUGUUGAUGUCUUGUGUGAAGAAGGAGUCACCGCUCGUGUUUCUGGACCUCAAGGCUGGGGAGCGUCGGCUAGGUCGGGUGUACAUCACGCUGGUUGGUACUAUGAGGCGCUCCCAGCAGUUUAUAGCACUCUGUCUCGGUAACCUGGGACAUUCUUACCGUGGUACCAGGUUCGACGGCAUCAGUGAGAAAGGUCAGCCAGGAGAGUACUUGAGGGGUGGUGACUAUCAAGGAAGAGGAGGAUUAGGGGGAGAGGCCCUUAUGGACAACCUUGAGUGGGGUGGACAGUGGGCCAAACCCAAGGCAGCAGGACAGGUGUGUGGGGUCGGCGGUGAAGAAGGGAAAAAAUUUGGCUCACUCUUCGCCAUCUGCCUCCGUGACAACCCCGAGGACACCUUCAGAGUUCCCUUCGGCGAGGUGACGGAGGGCCUGGAGGUGUUGGAGAUCGCCAGCAGACACGAACCUUUCAGAGUGGUACACAUUAGCGACUGUGGUCUGGUGAUCCCGUUGUGAGAGAGAGAGAGAGAGAGAGAGAGUUUAGGUGGAAGGGAAGGAGGAAAGUAUCACUGUCGGAGGUACUGUACUGUGUCUACUUUCCUGACAGACUGAGGGUCGGAAAGUGUGUUAAGAACAUAAGAACAUAAGAAUGGAGGAAACUGCAGCGGGCCUAUUGGCCCAUACUGGGCAGUCCCGUUUA